AUGACGAUCGAGUACCUUGCCGACCCGACGUCGCUUCCGGAUUUCACGAUUCCUCACGUCGAGGGUCAGUCGGCGCUGUCGUGUCCCGUCGUCACGGUGGCAGCACCGGCGCCAGCACUGCGUGUCCAUGCUCCCGAAGCGGCUGCAUUAGUGGCAGGCGCCAGUGUCGGCGAGGCGACGUGCGCAUGCAAGGGCAAGAAGAAGCCGUGCUUGUUCGUGCACGGUGUCGGCAACAAGGACUCGUCGGCUCCGACGCCGACGUUCAGCGAGAGCUGGGGUGACAUCCAGAACAGCGCGCCGUGCUGCUCGAGCGUCGCAUUCGCGCACUACGAGUCCGUGCUUCGUGGCUGGACCCGGAAGGAUGUUCAAACCGAGUUUUGCAACACGGCGCUCAAAGUCGGUACCUCGGGCGGCAAGACGAUCGACAACAUGAUCUUGGUGACCUUCUCGAUGGGCAACCUCAUCGCGAGUGGUGCCUUUGCCAACGGCACGUGCAACAUCGGUAGCGGCGUCACGUGGGUCUCGAUCGCGGGUCCGAUGCAGGGCAGCAAGGCCUCGAAUUUGCUCGAAGAGAAGUGCACGUCGGGCGGGUGGAGUGCGACGCUCGGCGUUUUCGGCUACUGCCCGGCGACGGAGUCGUACCUGCAAAUGAAGUACCAAGACACGGUCGACGCGAGCUUAAAGAAGGCGUACCUGGACGCGCAGACGGCUCGGAAGCGCGCCAACAAGCUCAUGUGCGGCAUCAAAUCUUCGGGCCUGGCAUCGACGGACGGCGCGGCACUUGCUCUUGUGGGCUCGAUGGCGUUCAAGGAUGGCUCCCUCCACGACGGCAACCGACUGGUACGACUGUUCACUGAGAAUGAGUUGCACGCGUAA